AUGUAUCGGUUUGGAACACGAUUGAAGUAUGGUAAUAGUGGCAACACCACAACGGAUACCCUAUCUGAAACGUUUACACUCAUCACUGCAAAAUCUUCUUCCACCAUUUUUCACAAUCUCACAAAGAAUUCUUCCACCAUUUUCUACAAUCUCACAAAAAAACUCCCAAAAACUGAUCAAACUAUCAUCAAUUUCAAAUCUCCAUUACCCUCCAUCUUCAAAUCAUUAGACGAUUUCAUAUGCAAUGUCAUCGACCUACCCCUCCCCCCCUCUCUCGACCCCAAACACGUCCUCUCCGGCAACUUCGCCCCGGUGUCCGAGCUCCCCCCAACCGCCUGCGACGCGGUGGAGGGCUCCCUCCCCGGCUGCCUCGACGGCGGAGCCUACAUCCGCAACGGCCCAAACCCUCACUUCUUCCCAAACGGGCCCUACCACUUAUUCGAGGGCGACGGAAUGCUUCACAUGAUCAAAUUCUCUCACGGCAAACCCACAUUCUGCUGCCGCUACGUCAACACGCACAAACACGCAGUGGAGCGUGAAAUUGGCUAUCCAUUUGUCCCGAGCAUCUUCUCCUCCUUCAACGGCGGCCUCUUAGCUUCAAUUUCCCGCUUUUUUCUAACUACAGCUAGGGUAAUCGCCGGCCAAUUCGAUCCGAUCAAUCACGGCCUCGGCCCUGCUAAUACCAGCUUAGCCCUAAUUUCAGAUCGCCUCUUUGCCCUCUGCGAGUCAGAUCUCCCCUACGCUAUUGAGAUAACGGCGGAGGGAGAUCUAAAAACCCUAGGUCGCCAUGAUUUCGGAUUAAAAUCGGCGCCAUUCUCGAGGAUGACGGCGCAUCCGAAGAUCGAUUGCGUCACCGGAGAAGCAUUCGCGUACGAAUACGUUGGGACUCCGCCGUCGCUGAAGCUUUUCCGGAUCGAUUCCGACGGAAAACGGCAGAAGCACGUGCCGAUUUCGAUGGAGAAAUUCACGGCGAUUCAUGAUUUUGCGGUGACGGAGAGGUACGCGGUAAUCCCCGACGUGCAGAUCGUGGUGAAUCCGUGGUCGAUUUUGAAGGGGAGGUCGCCGGUGGAGAUAGAUCGGGAGAAGGUGGCGAGGCUGGGGGUGAUUCCGAGGUACGCAGAGGAUGAGGGGGAGAUGGUGUGGAUCGAGGCGGCGGGGUUUAAUCCGGUGCACUGCGCGAGUGCGUGGGAGGAAGACGGGGGCGACACCGUGUGUGUGGUGGCGUCGAAUGCGAUGGCGGUGGAUAAGUUGCUGGAGAACGUUGGCAGCGCGGAGAUGAGGAUGGAGAAGAUAGUGGUGGAUGUGAAGAGGAAGACGGUGGUGCGGAGACAGAGGUUGUCGCCGGAGAUUCUCGACUUUGGAGUUAUUAAUCCUGCUUAUGCAGCUAAGAAACAUCGGUACAUUUAUGCAGCAAUAGUAUGUGAACUACGGUUGAUCGGGGUGGUGAAGUUAGACCUAUCGAUACCAAUCAAAGGAUCCGGUGGCGAUUGUGCGGUGGCUAGUCGCUGGUAUGGGCCGAGUUGUCAUGGAAGUGAGCCUUUUUUCGUGGCGAGGGAGCCCAAUAAUCCGACUGCGGAGGAAGAUGAUGGCUAUCUAGUGACAUAUUUACAUGAUGACAAUACUCCACAAUCCAAGUUCAUAGUAAUGGAUGCCAAGUCUCCUAAUCUUGAUAUAAUCGCCGCCGUGAAGCUGCCGCAGCGGAUCCCCACCGGCUUCCACGGCCUCUUUCUGUCAGAGUCUGACCUCAAUAAACUAAUUAGACAAAGUUGCUAA